UAAUUAGUGAUAACUUGUCUGUUUUCAAUGCGUUCCUAACGAAAACGUAGUAUUACUCUGAAUCGUAGAUUAUUUGUUUUUCAAUCUGUUAUUCGAUAUGUGAGCAAAAAUGAAAAGCCUGAGAAUGUGAGUUUGGAUACGCAUUUGGAGCUACGAUGAGUGGGAGACCUCGAACAACAUCCUUCGUUGAAGGUAACAAGCAAACUCAAAAACCUGACCUUUCCGGUGGUAAAGUAACAUGUACUGCUCUUUAUACAAGCAAGGACGGUGGCAAAGUGACAACUGUCAUUGCCACUCCUGGACAAGGAUCUGAUCGUCCACUUGAAGUAUGUUACACCGAUACGAAAGUCAUUGGAAAUGGGUCGUUUGGAGUGGUGUACCAGGCUCGUCUGGUGGAAACAGGAGAAUUGGUUGCUAUCAAAAAAGUUUUACAAGACAAGCGUUUCAAGAAUCGGGAGCUGCAGAUAAUGAGAAAACUUAACCAUUGUAAUAUAGUGAAACUGAAAUAUUUCUUUUAUUCUGGAGGCGAAAAGAAAGAAGAAGUGUAUUUAAAUCUUGUCCUUGAAUUCAUACCAGAAACUGUCUAUAGAGUUGCUAGACACUACAGUAAAUCCAAGCAGACUCUGCCUAUGCCAUAUGUUAAGUUGUAUAUGUAUCAGCUGUUCAGAAGUUUAGCUUACACUCAUUCUCUUGGAAUUUGUCACCGUGACAUCAAACCCCAGAAUUUACUACUAGACACAGAAACAGGUGUAUUGAAGCUGUGUGAUUUUGGAAGCGCUAAACAUCUUGUAAAGGGUGAACCAAAUGUGUCCUACAUAUGUUCACGUUACUAUCGUGCCCCAGAGUUGAUUUUUGGAGCUACAGAUUAUACUACAAUGAUUGACGUUUGGUCCGCUGGGUGCGUUCUAGCUGAAUUGAUGAUAGGUCAACCAAUUUUUCCUGGUGAUAGUGGUGUUGACCAACUAGUCGAAAUCAUCAAAGUACUGGGCACACCCACUAAAGAGCAGAUCAGGGAAAUGAACAGGAACUAUACAGAGUUCAGAUUUCCUCAAAUAAAAGCACAUCCUUGGCAGAAGGUAUUCAAAGCUCGAACUUCUCCUGAAGCAAUUGAUUUAGUAUCUCGUUUGUUAGAAUAUACUCCUUCGGCUCGCAUAACUCCUUUACAAGCAUGUGCUCAUAAAUUUUUUGACGAACUCCGUGAACCAGGGACCCGAUUACCAAAUAACAGAGAGUUACCUCCGUUAUUUAAUUUUACUGAGCACGAAUUAAAGAUUCAACCUUCUUUAAAUGCUCUCUUGAUCCCUCCUCACUUGCGUAGCCCUUGUUCGGCCAGCGGCACCCACGAAGGAGGAGAGGACUGUGGUGCCAGUGGCAUGGCAGCUGAGGCGUCCAAUUCCAUUCCUAUGGCAGGUGCCAGCACUGAUCCCCAGCCUUGCAGCUCAGCCACUGCUACUGCGUGACAUUUUUGAGAGUGAAAACCAAAAUUAAAAAAAAUUCAUUAUUGCAUCAAUUAUGAGGCAUUUACGAGGUGCCGCAUGUAACUUUCAACUGUUGAAAACUUAUUCCUUGUCUCAGGAGAGAUGAAAUUCUUUGAUCUUCGGCAAGCCCUGUACAUAGUGACUUUCGUGUUUUAUUGCCGGCGACUAAGUUCCAAACACAAAAUCUGAAAUGGAAAUCUAGAGUAUUUUAAUUUCUCUGGUGCUUCACUGAGAAAUAGUUCUUUUUUAAGUGUGUGUGGGAACUGCUUUAGAUUGUUUUGAACGAUAGGUGUGUAUGUGAAAUACCAUAAACAAGAAUGAUGUAUCUUAAAAUUGUAUUUUCUUGCUUCUAAUUAUUGUAAAGUAUUUCGAUUGUGUCUCCUUGCACGAGCCAUUUUGCGAGACUCUUGUACAGAAAUGUAGGUGAGAGACUUAAAUACAUUAUUUAAUAAAAUUGCCAGAAACUUUAUUGCUUAUAUACAUACAUAUAUAUAAUAUAUAAUACAUAAAUUGUUUGUGUAAUCCAUCCAAACUUAUUAAUACUGCACUAAUGCCAAGUUUUCACUAAAUUUAUUGGCUUGUUAUAAGUUGCAUAGGUAUUAAUGUUACAUAAAAAAAGAAUAUUUUUUUCCCUCUGAAAUAUAACCAAACUUCCAUGUGGACUCGCAAAUCUGUGCUGCCAUUUUUUAUGGUUUUUAGAUAUGCAAGAACUUUAUCACAAAAGUCUGCAUUUAUUAGUGUAAUUUAUGUACAGAAAAAACUAUAUUUUCAGAAGUAAAGAAGUGUGUUUUCACAAACCUGUUUUUGAAAUUUGUUUAGUUAUGAUCUAUGUUGUUGUUUUAAAUCUUUUUUUUUUUGCUUUUAUCAGCAAAUCUAAUCGCAUUUCUCUAGAUUGAACUGUUGAGUUUGCAAUAUGUCAUUCAGGUAAUUUUAGAUGUUUUAUAUUUGUACUUGUUAUAUCACUUUUAAGUUAGGUGCAUUGACAUUGUUUUAUCAAAAUGUAUAAUAUAACUAUUUGACUGUUUGAAUUGUGUUAACUUAAUGUCAUGUCAAAAUCCAUGUAUUUUGUUACUUGUACACUUUAUGCUGGCCAAAGAAUUUUACAUAUUGCACAUAAUUCAGCUAAUUCUGGGCACAGUUUUAUUGUACAAGUGUGUAUUAGCACGUGCCAAGAAGAUUGUACAGAACCUUUCAUGUUCAUUGACUAGACUUCCGUUUCGUUGUAUCAAAGCAUUAUUUAAGUACUUAGGAAUGCAGAGCCCUUUUAUAAUAGGGUCUACUAUAAAGUGCAUGUAUUAGUCACACAGUACUUUUACCUUUUAGUGAAUGUUGAUUAUUUCAAUAUCUGGAAUGGAAGAUAAACUUGUAAUUACUUUAUCAUGUCUUACGUACACAUUGCAAGAGAGAUUUUUUGUUAUUAAAAAAUUGUGCCUG